UCGGCCAGGACCGUUCACAUCUGUCUUGAAGGAGAGAGGGGGGGAAGAAAACCUGCGUUCGGGUCUGUUCAACGCUCUGGAUAAAAAUUGAACAGAAAAUAAGCGUAGAAGCCUGAACUACGUCCAGACUAUACCCAGGGAUAUUUACAAACCUCCCCAAGUCUGGAGAAUAAUAUCGAAGGGAUUGCCGCAAAAUACAAAUUUCACCAAACGUCCCAACUUUUUGGGGAAACAAUGUCGUAUUCGUUGAACUUGAAAUUGCCAGCACCCAUCACAGUCAUGGAACCCAUACCUGCGUAAAUCUUUGUGUUCUGUAAGUUUAAGGAGAAGAAUGGCAUUACACUGAAAAUGAUGAGCACAUCAAAUGCUCAAGCAGACACCAGCAGGCUCUGAUACCCGUCUACUAUAUAGCUCCCUCCCUCUUUUGCUCAUUUUCUUCUACUUGCUCUCCUCCUGAAGAAAGAUCACAAUCUUCCCCCACCCCACCCCCAAGCUUUUGGCAGCAGCUCAAAUUUCCUGGAAAUUGCUCUGAGAUCUGGAUUUGAGAGAGGAACAUUCUAUUUUUGGUCCAGGAUAGACAAAGAGGCUUUUGAAGAAACAACUGUGUUGAAAUUAUCAUAUUCCCCCUCUUUUAUUCUCCCCCUAUUCCUCAGUCCCAGAGGCACCAACUGAUGGAGAGACGAAGGAGAGAAUCAGGAUAAGGAGAAGAAUUAGAACACUAGAGAGAGGAGAAAAAAGUGCUUAUUGGUCAGUCAAAUUGUAGUAGAGCACCUGUGAGGAUUGCUUACCCAUUGACUUUUAUAACCGAAUUCAGUACUAUAUGAUACUUCUUGUUUAUAUUCCUGUUUAUAUUACAGUCUUUUCUCCUCAGUGAAGAGAGAGCUGUUGCUCAUUAGACCUACAUAAUUAAUAAAGAAGGGGGACACACCAGAACUUUGAGCAUGACAAGGGGGUUAAGAAUCGUGUAUUUGCCCGUGUGGCCUCUGGCCCUCUUCAGCCUGCUCACUACAGUGAAUAUGUUGGAAUUCGGUGGGGCGCCUGGCCAGUGGGCACGUUAUGGGCGCUGGGAAGCUGGAUCAGUGGGUGAGCUGAGCUUCAGUCUCAAGACCAACAUCAGCAAAGCCUUGGUACUCUACCUGGACGAUGGCGGUAAUUGCGACUUCUUGGAGCUGUUGAUUGCCGGUGGGCGCCUCCAGUUGCGCUUUGCCAUCCACUGUGCAGAGCCAGCCACCGUACACAUGGAGAUACGGGUGAAUGACGACCGCUGGCACAUGGUCUUGCUUACCCGCAACUUCCGUGAGACCAUGCUAAUGGUAGAUGGGGAAACAAAAGUGGCAGAGGUCAAGUCAAAGAGGAGGGAAAUGGCAGUGGUCAGUGACCUGUUUGUAGGUGGGAUACCACCUGACGUGCGACUGUCUGCACUGACAUCCAGCACAGUGAAGUAUGAACCACCCUUCCAGGGCUUGAUCUCCAAUCUGAAGGUGGGAGAGAUGCCUCCUACUUUGCUCAAUAGCCAGGGUAUUCAGAGCGACCUGGAGUACCUCUGCACCAAACAGAACCCAUGCUUCAAUGGAGGGUUUUGUUCUAUUCAGUAUGGAGAAGUUCACUGUGACUGCACCCACACUCGCUUCAAGGGAAAGUACUGCAAGGAAGCUGAAGAGUAUGCUGUUGAAGGUCUGGCGCACCUGACGUUAAACGACCAAGGUGAUUCAUCUCAAGUUGGCAAGGACGAGUCAGUAGCCACCUUCAAGGGCAACGAGUUCUUCUGCUACGACCUGUCCAUGACACCCAUCCAGAGCAGCACCGACGAGAUCACGCUUUCCUUCCGAACACUGCAGCGCAACGGGCUCAUGCUGCACACUGGCAAGUCGGCUGACUAUGUGAAUCUUUCCUUGAAGAGCGGCGCGGUUUGGCUAGUCAUCAACCUGGGCUCGGGGGCCUUUGAGGCUCUGGUGGAGCCUGUCAACGGCAAGUUCAAUGACAACGCCUGGCAUGAUGUGCGCGUCACCCGCAACCUGCGCCAGCACGCAGGCAUUGGACACGCUAUGGUGACCAUCUCAGUUGAUGGUAUUUUGACCACCACUGGUUACACCCAGGAAGAUUACACUAUGUUGGGCUCUGAUGACUUCUUCUACAUUGGAGGUAGUCCAAACACUGCAGACCUGCCUGGAUCUCCAGUCAGCAACAACUUCAUGGGCUGCCUGAAAGACGUGGUGUACAAGAACAACGACUUUAAGCUGGAGCUGUCACGGCUGGCCAUCGAGCGUGACCCGAAAAUCACCCUGAAUGGUGACCUGGUGUUCCGCUGUGAGGAUGUAGCAGCCCUGGAUCCUGUAACUUUUGAGACCCCCGAGUCCUACAUCUCUCUGCCAAAGUGGAACACCAAGAAGACGGGCUCUAUCUCUUUUGACUUCCGGACCACAGAGCCCAGCGGCCUUCUGUUAUUCAGCCACGGACGGCCUCAGGGGCCUAAAGAGCAGAAGCCUGGUAGGGAGCUGAAGACUGAUUACUUUGCCAUGGAGCUUCUGGAUGGGUAUUUGUACCUGCUGAUUGAUAUGGGCUCUGGAAAAACAAAGCUCAAGGCCAGCAACAAGAAGGUCAACGAUGGGGAAUGGUGCCAUGUGGAUUUCCAAAGAGAAGGAAGGAAAGGAUCAAUCUCAGUCAACAGCCGCAGCAUGCCCUUCAGCUCCCCAGAGGGCAGUGAAAUCCUGGACCUGGACAGUGAUAUGUACUUGGGCGGGCUGCCCGAAUCUAAGUCAGAUCUCAUCCUGCCGCCAGAAGUUUGGACAGCGCUCCUUAACUACGGCUACGUAGGCUGCGUCCGUGACCUAUUCAUCGACGGAAAGAGCCGGGAUGUCCGCCGACUGGCUGAGAUCCAGAGUGCCCUGGGUGUCAGCAGUUUCUGCACCCGUGAGCUACAGAAGCGCUGCAGCAGUGCCCCCUGUGGCAACGGAGGUCUUUGCAAAGAGGGCUGGAACCGGUACAUUUGUGAUUGCACUGGCACCGGAUACCUUGGUACCAACUGUGAGAUAGAGGCAACAGUGCUGAGUUACGACGGCAGCAUGUACCUGAAGAUCAUCAUGCCGGUCACCAUGCACACGGAGGCCGAAGACGUGGCGCUGCGCUUCAUGUCUCAGCGAGCGUACGGCCUGCUCAUGGCCACCACCUCCAAGGAGUCAGCGGACACCCUGCGACUGGAGCUGGACGGAGGCCGCGUCAAGCUCACCGUUAACCUCGAUUGUAUCAGGAUAGACUGUAGCCUCAGCAAAGGACCCGAGACACUGUUCGCGGGGCAGAAGCUGAACGAUAACGAGUGGCACAUGGUGAAGGUGGUGCGGAGAGGCAAGAACCUACAGCUGUCUGUGGAUAACGUCACAGUGGAAGGCCAGAUGACUGGUGCCCACACACGUCUUGAGUUCCACAACAUUGAGACGGGCAUCAUGACUGAGCGCCGCUUCAUAUCCGUGGUCCCCUCAAACUUCAUUGGCCAUCUGCAGGGCCUGACCUUCAAUAGUGUGCCAUAUCUAGACCAGUGUAAAAACGGGGACAUCUCCUACUGCGAGCUGAAUGCCCGCUUUGGCAUGCGCCACAUCAUUGCAGAUCCGGUGACAUUUCGAACAAAAGGCAGCUACUUAGCAUUAGCGACGUUACAAGCUUACGCCUCCAUGCACCUGUUCUUUCAGUUUAAAACCACCACGCCUGAUGGCCUGAUGCUCUUCAACUCUGGAGAUGGGAGCGACUUUAUAGUUGUGGAACUGGUAAAGGGGUACAUCCAUUACGUCUUUGAUCUCGGCAAUGGCCCGUCGCUGAUGAAGGGCAACUCAGACAAACCACUCAAUGACAACCAGUGGCACAAUGUGGUGGUGUCCCGGGAUGCCAACAAUGUACACACACUCAAGAUUGACUCACGCACCGUUACUCAGCACUCCAAUGGAGCGCGCAACCUGGACCUCAAAGGGGAGCUGUACAUCGGUGGCGUGACAAAGAGCAUGUACAGCAAUCUGCCCAAACUGAUUGCAUCUCGGGACGGGUACCAGGGCUGUCUGGCCUCUGUGGACCUGAAUGGGAGACUCCCUGACCUGAUCGCAGAUGCCCUCCACAGGGUGGGCCAGGUGGAACGAGGCUGCGAUGGACCCAGUACCACCUGUACGGAGGAGUCCUGCUACCAUCAGGGGGUGUGUCUCCAGCAAUGGGAGGGCUUCACCUGCGAUUGCAGCAUGACGUCCUAUGGAGGCUCAUUUUGCAACGACCCUGGGACAACAUACAUCUUCGGGCGAGGCGGAGCCCUCAUCACAUAUACCUGGCCACCCAAUGACCGGCCGAGCACACGGGCAGACCGGCUGGCAGUGGGCUUCAGCACACAGCUGAAGGAGGCUGUUCUGGUCAGGGUGGAGAGUGCCAGGGGACUGGGAGAUUACCUGGAGCUGCACAUAGAACGGGGAAAGGUCGGCGUGAUCUUCAACGUGGGAACAGACGAUAUAACCAUCGAGGAGAGCGCGGUGAUGGUGAGCGAUGGCAAAUACCACGUGGUGCGAUUCACACGCAGUGGUGGAAACGCCACGCUACAGGUGGACAACCAGCCCGUCAUUGAACGUUUCCCCUCAGGGAACUUUGAUAAUGAGCGCCUGGCUAUUGCUAGACAAAGAAUCCCAUACCGACUUGGUCGGGUAGUUGACGAGUGGCUACUCGACAAAGGUCGCCAGCUGACCAUCUUCAACAGCCAAGCGUUCAUCAAAAUCGGUGGUGGAGAGAAAGGGCGCCACUUCCAGGGCCAGAUCUCAGGCCUGUACUACAACGGCCUGCAGGUCCUCAAACUAGCAGCCGAGGGCGACCCCAACGUCCAGACCCAGGGCAACCUGAGGCUGGUGGGUGACGUGCCCUCGGUGCUGACUACCGACACCACCUCCACCACCCCACUGGCUGAUAUGUCCACCACAAUCAUGGAGACAACCACCACCAUGGCCACAACCACCACCCGCAAACAGCGCUCGCCAACCAUGAGGGACAGUGUGACACAGGUGAGCAAAAAUUCAGACGACCUCCUGGUAGCAUCGGCUGAAUGUCCUAGCGAUGACGAAGAUUUGGAGGAGUGCGAGCCUGGAAAUGGAGGUGAAUUAGUGUUGCCCAUUAUUACAGUGGACUCCCUAGACCCCCCAUCUAUUGCCACCCGCUACCCAGUAAUACCCCCGCCCCCCACCACUUACCGCCCUUUCCUCACCCUGCUUGAAACCACCAAAGAAUCCCUCCCCUUGCCCAACGGCUGGCCCCCUUGCCCCUUGGACCAGGAGGACUGCGAGGAGACCAUCGAGGUGUCGGCGUACGGCUCGGGGGAGAUGACCGAGUCAGAUGACGAGGACUAUUACAAAAAUUCCGCCCUGGUCACCGACAGGACUGUCCUCCCCCCUCCCCCGGCCGUCGAGGGUGGCGUCCAAAACCCCCGAGACCGCCAUUUCUCCCGCUUCCCCAACUCCCGCCCCCCUCUGUCCUCCACCCCCACAGCCAACCCUGACCAGCUGAACCCGCGCAUCAAGUCAGCCGGCGGCGGCAGCAGCAGUAGUAGCAACAACAUCCCUGCCGGGAAAAUGAACACCCGGGACCAAGUGCUGCUGCCGCCGGCCCAGCCCUCUUUGGAUCCAGGCCACCGUAGAGUCCCAGGUAUAACCUAUCCCCCAAAUUUCCCUCAUGUUCCCACUCCAGACCCCACGUCUCCAGAGAGAGGGCUCCCGGGUGCCGUGGAAGUGCAGCAGUCGAGCAGCACCACCGGGAUGGUGGUGGGCAUCGUGGCAGCCGCUGCCCUCUGCAUCCUCAUCUUGCUGUACGCCAUGUACAAGUACCGCAACCGCGAUGAGGGCUCCUAUCAGGUGGACCAGAGCCGUAACUACAUUAGCAACUCAGCCACACAGAGCAAUGGGGCCCUGGUGAAGGAGAAACAGCCCAGCACUGCCAAGACAGUCACCAAGAACAAGAAGAACAAAGACAAAGAGUACUACGUCUGAGGGAGUGCCGCCGUGACACACAGGGGCAGACAGCAGAGCACUUAGAAAAGGAAAGAGACGGCGGGGAGAAGGAGGGAGAGAAGGCAGUAUGUGGGAAAACUGCAAACACAUCACAGUGGCUAAUUCAUUUCAAACUUCAAGUAUUGUCAGGUGCUCAUAUGUGUUACCAGUUCAUCUCGAAUCAGAGGGAGGCAGCAAAAUGAGAUGGCACAGUGACAUCACAGCUCUCCUCACACAUUUCCACAUUGCUUUGAUUGAUUAGACUAAACUUCAAUUGCAUUCAAUGCUAACCACAGUGUGGAUUUAAGGAAAGGCUAUUACAUCUCUACACAUACUGUGCCAACAACCACGUAGCAAAUGCUGAUAAAGCAGUGAUUCAUGGGUUAGCAUUCGACAAGCUGCUUAAUAUCCAGAGUACUGUAGGAAACCAUCGCCAUCAGUAUUUGUGUCAAGGCCUGUACUUGAUUCUGAGGAGAACCUGCUUAGACAGUAUCAAACAUAUUUUUUUUUCCAACCGGGCUCAAAUUAGCAGAUCAAUAUACUGCCAGCUUAGAGAAACACUGUGUCAAAUCCAGCUCCUCCACCUCUGUUGUCAGUUCGACAUCUCUGAUCUCUCACCUCCCAUCGGAUCUCUCUCUCUCCUUCUCGUUCACCCACGAACUCUGUUUCUCUCCUUGUCUACGGUGCCCAGCAGCCGAUGCAAUGUAAACUCUGCCGUGUUUCAAGCAUGUAGUAUUCAUUUACGAAAAAGAGAUAAACUGUUUUUCCUUUCUGUGGAGUUUAAAAAACAAAAAAAUAUGACGCCGAUGACUGAUGAUCGUAACAACAUUAAAAGUAGCAACUACGUGAGAUGCCACCGCUCCAACCUAACGGAUGCUAAAUUGUACGUUUAGCCGCCAAAAACUCGUCGAGGCCAAAAAAAACACCCCUUUGGUCGUCCUUUGUUCCAGCAGAUCUGUGUCAUGUGUAUCUGGGGCUCUGAGGUGCCCCCUAGUGGGCCAGCAGAGAAACUGUCACGUCCUUACAAGUUACUAAUCACCGAAAAACAGAAAAAACCUCCAGCAAACAAGAUGAACUCUGUUCUAUAUAAUUAUAAAUAUAUGUAUAGACGUUGCAGAAACAUAUGGACCUAUGUGAACGAAUCAAAAAGUGCGUUUGCUGAGACGUGCACAGCAAAAGAUAGGAUUCUUGAACAGCUUCACCGUCCAACCCCCCGUUCCUCAGACCCCUGCCCCCCCCUCAUGAACAGUACGGCUGAUGGAAGGCCUUGCUGCAAGACUCAGUCACUUUGGUUUGCUCUUUUCUUUUCUUUUUUUAAAUUUCUUUUCAUUUCUGGAGGAAUGAGAGACAUUUUAGGGAGAUUCUGAAUUCAUUCGUGUUGGAGUUCCACUGUGGAGAGAGAUACCUUGCAGCAGCUGAAAAAGAGCAACUGUGUCGUUCGCCCCUCUCUAGCCUGACUGGACUGACGGCAGCCCGCGGGCAAAGCGAACUUAAUGGGAAGAGCACACAAAUAAAAGGAGAACAGUAGUUCCCUGAAAGAUGUACAACAGAACUCUAGUAUUCCAAUUUUCUCAAGUCUAUUAAGAAAAGAAAACUGUACCAUGAAAAGAAAAAUUCUGAAAAAAGUUUGUGAAAUGUCUAAAUAUUUGACUUUCAUCCCAUUACUAAGAGAAAUGUGUUUUCCCUACUAUCAUUCCUGUUUGGAGAAAAAAAAUAACUAUGAUUCUGGGAAACUGAAAUUUCUAUGUAUUUUCUUUUGGUACCUGAGCAAAUAUGAUUUGGGUUAUGAACAUAAAACCAUGCAUUCUCCUUUUCCAGAGGAGAAAAUGUCCUCUUUUAUCUUCCAUCUGUCAUCCUUAGCCUCUUUCUUUGUUCUUCAUGCAUUCCUUUUUCUCUGUAGAGAUCGUAUGUCCCCGUACCCUGUGAGGAAAGCAGGUUUUAUCCAUCAUCUGAUUUUUAUUUACUUUAAUUUGUUUUAUAUCUAUUUCUGUCUAUAUGGCGAGAGACAAGAUGGUAGUCAUUUCACUUGACGGGCUCCGUCGUUACGCUCUUCUGCCACGUUUGUCUGGUUUCUCUCUUUCUCCAUUCCGAGCAUACUCUCCCAGUAUCUUCCUGUUCUUUCUAAAUGUUAUUGUAAAGUGUUCCAGUGAGAUGACUCUAAAUAUGUGUACAUUAACAGAGGGAAUACACUUGGUUAUAUACUUCUUA